AUGAACUCCAAUGGAAAGACCAUUGAAGAGAAAGUCGUAUCCACCGAAGUCGUUGGCUGUGAUAACGACAAAAACACAAUAGAACAGCAAUCACACCAUCAACCACCAACAACCACACCAAGCGAUCAGAUGCAAGAAGUUUUCUGUCAGAUCUUCGAGAUCAUGAACUCGCCGAACAGUCCGACCGCCAUCUUGAUGAUGCCACAACCAGGAGGUACUAACAACUUCGAAUUGGAACCCAUAGAGCUAAACGCACAUGCUCUCGAUGUUGAAGAUAAUUUAAAAACAAUACAACUACAACGGUUGCAACAACAUCAACUCAAAGAACAACAACAAUUUCAACAGGAACAACAAAAACAAAAACAACAACAAAGUACACUACUGCAACAAGGACGCCAACAACAACAACAACAACAACAGACAAACGCUGCUUCGUCCAAAAAAACAACAGUAAAGCAGCAACAAAAACAACAACAAAAAAAACAACGACCACUGCAGCAACAACAGCAACGAUUACAGCAACAACAACAGCAACGGCAGCAACAACAAAAACAACAAAGGCGAUCAGAAACAACGUUGAAAUGCCAGGGCUACCAAAGCUACCAGCAGAUGCUACAAGUGCACAAACAGCUUCAGCAGCAGCAGGACCAUCAGAUGAUGUUGCAGAAGCAAGUAGCUUCUCAAGUUAGGGAACAGAAACUGAAAGAGAUGCAGCAGCAUGAAAUUUUACAGAAACAGUUGCGACUGAAAAUGGAAGAAGAUGAAGAAGAGAAGAGCGGGAUGAAGAUGGAUGAUAAUGACAUCCCACUACCGCUCCCUAGAUUGAGAAUUUGUUCCAAACGAGGCACUGCCGAGCGGUGUGAAAAUGUAGAAGAGGAAACAGAGACAACCAGUGAAGUGACCAGUGAAGUGACCAGCGAAGUGACCCUAGUGGCCGCCACAUCUUCAAAUAAAAUUCUAUUUGGUGACGUCAUGAAAGAGUCUGAGAAAACCUUUCUGAAAGUCUCAACAAUUGUGACGUCGUCCAGUUUGUUGAAACCUGCGAUCGAUCACGACCGGUCAACUGAGAAUGAGAAACAACAACAACAACGAAAUCAACAGCAUCUUAGGUCGCAACAACCUCCGAGACAUCAAACGUAUCAACGGCCAUCAGCUCAACCACAACAAAAGCCACAACAGCUGCAGCAACAACAACAACAGCAACAACCACGACUGAAAUCGUUGCCCAAAGUUAUGAACGAAAGAUCGGGGUCAUCGAAUUGUCGACCGUUAUCAACUAAGGCGCAGUCCCCUGCAAAAAAUAAACGAGCACUUCUGAGACCGAAACAAGUUCAACAGCAGCAACUGCAGAAAGUACAGCAGCGAAAACAAAGAAACCAACAACAAAAAACGCAGAAAACAGUACAACAGAAACAAAAACAACUAGCACAACACGAACAACAACGUGAACAACAGCCCGAACAACAAGACAAACGAAGAACGAAUCCUUCAGCAAUGCUACAGCUUCCCAACAAAUCUUUCGACCAAUCGAAACCUGUUGAAAUCAUUGGCACUUCCCUGAUGUUGAGACAGGAGUUGCAAGAACAUUUCCAACAAAACAAACCGCAGACCUCGCACAAACAACAAACAUCACUACUGAAACGUAUUUCAAAACAGCCACAACAACAAUUACUAUCUGACGUGCACCAACGACCACAGCAGCAGCAGCAGCAGCAACAGCAACAACAAAAUUUUUGCAUCACCCCAGACACUACCAUCGGAGACCUUCUGAACAAUGUAACCGAUGACGACCAUCUUGCUAAUUUGAAAAAUAACUUGAAAAUUCUGAUUGAAAAGACGCUACAGCCGCCUUAUAAAGCCACACAAACGUUGAACAACAAAAAGGAACGAACCGUCGUACAAUCAACUCACUUAACCAACAAAUUGGUUGACGACGACGCUGAUGAAGCUGAUGAUGAAAAUAUCGAAAGUCGUUUCAACAGUGAAGACGACUAUGAGGAUGAUUGCGAUGAUAAUGAUGAUAAAGACGAUCAUGUUAAGAGUAGCUGGAAUAAAGAUUACAGGUACAUGAAAGAAGUCCGUAGUGCAUUCUUGAAACUUGAAGCUAGCAAAAAUGCAGUUGUCACAAGCCCACCGUUGAAUUCGACGAUCCAUUCGACCUCUGAACGCAGACCCUUCAAUUUCCACUCGUCUCAUCACAUGGCUGCGAAACCACCUGUGGCUAGACCGCGACAGAACCUGCAGUCGAGAAGCAGCAACUACUUGCAACAGAAGCAGCGGUUGGCGCAACAAGUUGAGCAACAAGUUGAGCAACAGUUGAACCAACAAAAACUUUUGCAAGAGGUACAAAGAAAUAAAAGUCUGCAGUUAGAAGGACAGCAGGUUGAGUUGCAGUUUCAACAGCAGCAACGGCAGCAACAACAAAAAUCUGACAAAAAACGUGGCGUUUUUUCAUUUUUUUCUAAAAAAAUCCACAGAAACGUCAGCUACACUGGAAAGAAUGUAACGGAAGAUGAAGCGAAUAAUUUAGCAUUGCAGACCACCGCUCCUCCGUCUUCAGCUGGUGUAAGUAAAACAUUCACAACAAUAUCAGAGCUCGAUGCAGUUACAAAAGAUGUCAACGGGACAUCGACUGCUGCAACCUUAACAAAUGGUGCAAGCAUGUUAAACAACCAGAUUUCGGGGACAAGUUUUGAAAUUGAUACGAAAGGAGAUGUUGUAAAUUAUGCUGAUGCUGUCGAAACAAAAUGGAAAAAUUUCCCUGCAACAGUCUCAAUCACUGAAAACUAUCAGCAACCUGGCAGUCCAGUUUCAAACAAAAUGAAACAUCAGCCCUUUAAUUCUCACCAACGUAAUUCCGGCCAACAACAACCCCAACAACAAAUCUUUCAGCAACAAUUGCAACAACAUUGUUACUACCAACAACAAAAUAUUCAAGACCAACAAACCAGUAUGGAAAAUAAACCAAAAAGACCGGCUCCCCUACCUCCGAUUUCGCAAAAACAACAACAACAACAACGUCUCAAUGACGCUGGCGACAACAUUGAACACCACCACCAACAACAGCAACAACAACAUCAACAAAUUUAUACUCAUCUUCAAAGCAACAACUCUCCCCCUGUACCGGUACCCCGAGUUUCCAACAAACGUCAACAACUUCAAGAAGCACCGAACCAGCAAAUGCAACAGCAGCAACAGCAGCAACCAAAUCAAACUAAAGAGCAUUCAAAGCAACAUGAACAGCACCAACAAGCAGAGCAUCAUCAUGACGAGUUCCAACUUCAUCAUCGGCAGUUGCAAGUUCAAGCAGAACUUCAAUAUCAUCAUUUUCAGAACGGCGAUUGCCCAGUUCUUCCAACGCCGAUGACCAGACAGGUUCUUAGCAAAAUUCUGACAGCAACAACCACUGAUUCGGCAGACAGAAACAAAAACUCUUUGAUCGAAAGAGAGGAGAACAAAUCACAACAGUUUACUGUCCAUGAAGAGCAAAAUCAAAUGUUGCGAGACACCGACCAGCAGUCGAACGAACCAACCAGCAAACAACUGCUCCAAUCAACUGAUGCAAAACUACAACAGCAGAUAAAGAACGAGUUUGGUCAAAAUGUUAAACAAGAUUUUAAUAUGAAAAUUAAAAUGGAUCAACAAAUUGAAACAUCAUUAGAUUUAGAUCCUCUACAAAUGCUAACGGAAAAACAACACCAAGAACUGCAACAACAAAUUCAACAACAACUGCAGCUGCAGCAACAGUAUCAAGAACAACUCCAAAAACAAUUGCAACAACUUCAGCAGCAAAUGCAACAACAGUUACAACAUCAGUUGCAGCAACAAAUCCAACAACAAUUGGCGAAACAACUGCAACAACAACCUAUCCCCUACCUGGGUACCCCACAAACCUUCCCGAACUCACCACAAUUCCUGCUCCUGGUACCAAACCAGACAAACCCAACAUCUAAGACAUCCACGGGUCAAUCAACUAUCAACUCAUCAGUGACAUCCUCAUUAGAAUCCUCAUCAACGACGUCUUCUCCCACCGUCACAACAAAUUCCGACAAGAACGCAACUUCAUUAAACAACGACACUAUAAUGAAUUCAACUUCUGCUCCGUCUAUAACGGAAGAAACGACAAUCAUAGCUACUUCCGGUAAAGAAACUUCCGGCAAAGAAACUUCCGAUGAAACUGUUUCUAGUAGAGAUGCUAUAAAAUCUCUUUCCCAGAUACCAUUUCUUGCAGUUUCUUCCGACGGUUUACAAUUUCGGCAUGACGGUCAACGCCGAAAAGAACUCCAGCAACACAAUCAUGAAAAGCAUGACCAACAACAACAACAACAACAACAACAACAACAACAACAACAACAGAAACAGCAACUGCAGCAGCCAAAACAAAAAACUGAUCUCAAACUCACCAGACCAAAAUCCCCGACCCAACUUAAAGACAAAUUGAAUUAUUCUGUUGCCCGAGCAUCUUCGCCGAAACAAACCCCAAAGAAAGAGAGUCCUCGGAAGGAGAGCCCACCACGGCCACCACCGCCAGUGAUUCAGACGAUCGUCUCUCGAGAACCAAAAAAGACUAUGAAUCAAGAGGAUAAGGAUAAGAUUUCCUCAGUCGUUGAUAAGGUGUUGUCUGUCUUUCGACCAAAGUCGCCGCCAGCCAGUGCCAAAAAACUUCCGCUCACACAAAAACAACUUCAAGAAUAUUUUGAAAAUUGCAAAGUUUAUCAGCCAGUCGUCCAGCAAAAACGUUACAACAGCGAAAGUAGCUCGGACAGCAACGACACCAGCACAACUACGACCUCGACGGCCACCACAACAACGACAUCGGCAAGCAGCACUGCGGUCACAAGCGACAGUAACACAACUUCAAGUUGUAGUUUGUCGAAACGUAGCACAGAAACGUUCACCAACGCACUGACUACCGAUUCAUCAACGGACGACGUGAAAUUUCUCGACAAAUAUGGCAACAUCGCUUUGAAACCCUGCUCGCCAUGUUUUGACGUCACAAAAAAGAAAGCAAAAACUGAUAACGAGUCCAACAAAAUCGUAAGAGCCACAUCAACUCCUCAGAAAAAAAAGAAGGACAAACGCAACAGCAGCAUGCACAACAGCUGCCAGUGCGGUCUGGCUGCCGCUGCAACAUGUGGUCAUCAUUGCCAAAAUUAUAUCAGCCAAAAUGAAAAUGAUGAUGAUGAUGAAAAUGAUAACGUUGACGAUUAUGUUUACGAAGGUUGCAGAGAAAAUAACAUUGGUGAAGUACUGAGUUACGAUGUUGAGGGCGGGAAUGUUGGUACUAGAGGCACAAAAAAUGCUGAAACAAAUGAUGAUGAUUAUGUUGACAAUGAUGACAAUGACUACAACAAUGAUGAUGUGAAGUUUGUAGUUUUAUACAACAACGAAGAUGGUGAUAAUACAGUCUAUGUCAAGGCCGGUGAAGACGGUUAUGAUAAUGAUAGUACUGCAAAUGUGACUAUAAUGACGAUGCCACUCGACAAUGAUAAUAAAGAAAUUUCGACUUCUGGUGGUGUUAACGCCAAAGAUGGUGUUAUGAAUCUUGAAAAUAUAAACAAGGAACAAAAUAAAAAUCAGCAACAAAAACAACAGCAACAAUUUUUACCCCCAAAACACAAAAAAUACCCAGCUCCGCCGCCUCCGUUAUUGGACUCCACCCACAUUCCCACGCAUGUCCCCACGACCUCCUACUCACCAACAUCUUCGUCCUCAUCAUCAACGCCAUCAUCGUCGUCGCUCUUAACACUAACUUCGUCAUCAUCAACAUCAUCAUCAUCAACGACAGUAACAAUUGUAAAAGUGGCAUCAACAGUAUCAUCAUCAUUAUCUUCAUCGCCAUCAUCGCCAUCCUCUUCAAAAGGAACCUCCUCAUCUCUCCCACCACCUGUUCCUCCGAAACCGAAAAUUUUCCAGAAAAAAGAUGCAGUAAAAGCUAGGAAUGAACUGAAACAACCGCCUGAACAAAAACUGAAUCAGCAACCACAACCGCUGUAUUCAGAUCAACUACAGUGGCAACAACAACCAUCACAGCAGCAACAUCAGCAGCAGCAACUACAACAACUUCAAAAACAAAACCUACAACCGAACGUGAAACCGCAUCUGGAAAAGUUGGAAGAGCAACUUAAAAAAAUCCUGCAGCAACAACAACUACUUCAGCAACUGCAACAACUGCCAACAAAAGUGUCAACAGUAAACUCAGAACAACACAAAAUGACCUCAACAACGAAAUCAACAACAUCGCCUUCAUCAUUAUCUUCUACAACACCAACAACAGCAGCAGCAACAACAACAGCCAAACAGUCAUUGAAGACAGUUGAUGCUAAAUUGAAAUUUUUUGACGUGAAAUUAAAUUUUACGACUCUAGGAACAACAAAUUCAACAUCAGAAUCACCAGCAACAACAACAGCAGCAACAAAAGCAACGACAACAAUGACGUUAACAAACGCAUCACCAUCAAUCAUUGCUAAGAGUUUGGCUUCCGCAACAACAUAUACAACAAAAUCAAUAAAAUCAACAACAGGGUCAACAAACUCUGGAAUAAGAACAGUCGCAGCAACAACAAAAACAGUCGCUGCAGCAACAAAAACAGUCGCAGCAACAGCAGCAGCGACAACAGCGUUUGCAACAUCUUCAGCAGCAUCACCAGCGUCAUCAUUGUCAAAACCUUUCGCAACAACUUCACGUGUUACCGCCAAUCCAAAUGCUGAUGACGACGACGACGAUGAUGGUGGUGGUGGUGGUGGUGAUGAUGGUGGUGGUGGUGGUGGUGAUGAUGGUGGUGGUGAGGAUUGUAACGAUAACGUAGCUUUCGUCCGUAACUUCAAAACUGCUUUGAAUGACAAAAACACCAAUAACAAUAACAACACUAACAACAACAACAAUAAUAAUAAUAAUAAUAACAAUAAAAUUGACAAUAAUAGCAUCAUUAACAAUAGCAGAAUUGAUGACAACAAUAUCAACAAUAGAUGUAAUAAAAGCGGUAAGAUAAUCGAAGAAAUUAAUAAUUUCAAGCGUUACAUUAACAAUAAUGACAAUAAUAUCAAUUACAUCAAUGACAUUAACAACGCAGACAGCAGUAACAACAACACAGACGUCCAAAAUGUUGACAACUGCAACAUCAAAAAUACUGGAAUCCAUUACGUCAACAACAACUCCAACAUCAACGACGUCAGAGACAUAAUCGAUGAAAAUAACAACGUCAUCGUCAGUAACAACAACAACUACAACAGCAACAACGACAACAGCAACAACAACAGUAGCAGCAGCAGCAACAACAACAACUGCAAAGACGUCACGUAUAAUUUUGAUGAUGAGAUCAUAAUAGAUGAAGAAGAUGUCGUUUUCGUUUCGCCGCAUGACGUCAACAACAACAACAACAACAACAACAAAAAUUAUAUAAACAACAACAAUUACGUCAAAAACAACAAUUAUGAUUACAACAACGACGACGACGACAAUGAAUUAACCUACAUACCAUCAUAUAGAUCGAUAAUUGACUCAAACAUUGAAACAAUUGUUGAGGAAAGUGAUGAUAAUGAUAAUGAUAGCUGUUUUAAUAAUAAAAAAUUUAUUUCAGAAAUGGAUGAGGAAAGAUAA